AUGGCUCCCAGCAACAUCGCCGCUUGGCAAACCGCUCCCAAGGCACCCAAGUUCGAGGUCAAGGAGGCCCCGUACACAGCUCCUGCUGCCUCUGAGAUUGUCAUCAAGAAUGGAGCUGUUGCCAUCAACAUUGUGGACUGGGCUCUCCAGGCCAUGGGCCCGGAUCUCUUCAACUGGAUCACCUACCCCCAGGUCCUGGGCAACGACAUGGCCGGUGAGGUUGUCGAGGUAGGCCCUGGCGUGACCAGGUUCAAGCCCGGCGACCGCGUUGUUGCCCAUGCCAUCAAUCUGAUGAACAACAAGCCCUCCGAGGGCGCCUUUCAACUGUACUCCGUCGUCCCGGACUUCAUGGCGGCCCCGAUUCCUGACUCCAUCUCCUACGAGGCUGCCAGCGUGCUGCCCCUGGGCAUCUCCACCGCUGCCUGCGGUCUCUACCAGAAAGACCACCUUGCCCUGGGGCUGCCCUCUGAGCCUGCGGCCUCCUCCACUGGCAAGACCCUGCUUGUCUGGGGCGGUGCUUCAAGCGUCGCCUGCAUGGCUGUGCAGCUCGCCCGGGCUUCCGGCUACGAUGUCAUUGCCGUGGCAUCCUCCAAGAACUUUGAUCUGCUCAAGAAACUCGGCGCCAGCCAGGUCUUUGACUAUCACGACGCAGACAUCGUCCCUCAACUCAUCGCGGCCUUUAGCGGCAAGACGUCUGCUGGCGCCCUCUCUGUUGCCAACGGCUCCCUGGCCCAGACUGCUGAAGUCAUCUCAAAGGUCUCGGGCAGCAAAUUUGUCUCCGCGGCCAACCCAAUCACAGAGACUCUUCCCGCAGGAAUUGAGUCCAAGUUCAUCUUUGGUGGUGAUCUGCGAAACAACGAAGUUGGCCCUGCCAUAUACGCCCAGUUCUUAGGCAAGGCAUUGGCUGCAGGGACGUUUGUGUGCCAACCCGAGGCGUAUGUUGUGGGCAAGGGACUGGAGGCUAUUCAAGAAGCCUGUGACCUUGCUAAAGCAGGUAACUCUGCGCGCAAGCUUGUCGUGUCGCUCUGA